GUGUGCACACUACUGUUAGGCCAAGGCAAAGCCUCUUUGCUCAAGGUUGAAGAAAAGAGCUAGCAGUGUGCUUAGCUUUGUAGGAUCUUGCUUUGUGUUGCCUAUCAUAUAGCUCGCCUGAGUUGUUGGCUUGUCAGAAGAAAUGAGGAAGGAGAUGAUAAUCAGGUUGCAGACGACCUCUGAGAAGGGCCACUGCAAAGCUAUCAAGGUGGCUGCUGCAAUCUCAGGGGUGGAGUCCGUGACGAUCGCCGGCGAGGACAAGAACCUGCUGCUGGUGAUCGGCGUCGGGGUCGACUCCAACCGCAUCACCGAGAAGCUGCGCCGCAAGGUGGGCCACGCGGAGGUGGUCGAGCUGCGCACCGUCGACGCCGCCGACGAGCUCGGCGGCCUCGCCGCCGCCGAGCACGCGUACCGCUACCACCCGAGCCCGAGCCCCUACAAGUACGCGGCGGCCGCGCGCGACCACCACUACUACGCCGCCGGCAGGGCGGACCACCGCUACUACACCGGCGGCGGCGGCGGCGGGUCGGCGUACGCGCCGCAGAUAAUGACCCCGCGGGCCGACUACCACUACGGCGGCGGCGGAGGGUACCCGGCGGCGCAGUACCAGCAGCAGCACGACUACUUCUACCACCCGGCGGCGGCCGCCAACACGCACACGGUGGUGCACCACGAGUACGCGAGCGACCCCAACAGCUGCUCCGUCAUGUGAGGCGUUAGUUGCCCGGAUGCUGCGUGUUUCCCGUGAUCUGGGAAAGAACUUCCUGUUGCAAACCAUCCGUUGUCGUCGUCAGUUGGUGCGGUGACCCGGUGUUACAGUCACAUGCAGACACUACGCUAGCUACUUCCUGAUUCCGUGUAAUUAGUGUACAGCAAGAAGUACAGGCGUGGCUGCGUGAACCUGUGUGUGUACGUACUCCAGCUACAAGCUUUCCUACUACGGCGCCAAGUGCAAGCUUGUUUGGAACAAAGGGACAUGGCUAGGACAUGUGUGCAAUCUCUAGCUCAGGAGCAAAGUUGAAUAGCUGAUGAGUGUCAUGUUGGUCUCUUAGAGAUCAUGCUUGUGGUUGAAUAAUGCUGCUUGCAGACCAAACUUUCAAAUGCGAAUUUCAACUUUUUUAAAAAAAAUUCAAUCUAAUUUUAUCUUUGC